CCCAAACUAAUCCAUAGCGUAACCAAGCCCAAAAAACAGUCUAUUUGGAUAAUUUCAAUUGCCACAGCAGACGAGACGACGGCACUCCUCCACCAUCCUCGCCCCCUGCUCCGGUGCGAAGUUCUCUCAUAAUCUCCUCUAAGUCUCGCCGUUUUUCUUCUCCGUUUGCUCGUAUCAGAAAGGCCCACUUCUUGCUCAUUCAACCAGUUUUUAUGGAUAGCGACAUGGACGCCGCCGACUGUUUCUCCGCGAUUUGGGAAGAGAUUGAUCGUUCAGAGAGCUACCUUGUUUGCUCACAGUAUGAGGAGGCUGCAUCAAUGUCUUCAGCGGUUUUGAAACGGAUACUUGACAAUGGCUAUGGAAGCAGAGUAUUUGAUCAUGAUGAUGAGUUGUCCGAAGUUAUGGAAUCUGCGGGUAUGGUGUUGGUGCAGUCCCUGAACAAACUUGGAAGGGCAUCAAGUAUUCUAAGUGAGCUCAAGGACCUGUUCGUUUAUCCUGCAGCAGUCCCUGCUGAAGCUCUUCUAACUGGACAAUUGGUGCCUGACAGCCUGAGCAAAGAUCUCAGGAUUUUGCAUCUUACACUGGAAGGGUCAUUACAUGGAGUGAAAGAGUUUCUUCAGGACUUUAUUAGCAUGUGGAGUUUUUUGGAUGAAAGAUUUUAUCUUCUUUCCAUCGAAGAUUCAAAUAUGAAGGUCCAUGAACAAUGUGAUAGGAGGAAUACAUUGGACGCUGAAACCUUUUUGGCCAUUGUUGAGGUCUAUACUGUUACUUUACUUGGCAAGCAUUUGAAAGAGUUGAACAUUGCAAUUUCUUGGCUUGAGAAAGCUGCCUUACCUGAGGAAAAGCGACAGGUGCUCUUGAGAAGAUUGCACACAAUGUAUUCCGAGAAAACCUCCAACGGGAUCCAGGAUUCUUCAGUUUUGCCAGAAAAUAAUGGGGAUAUUCAUGGUUUUUCGUCAAAUUCGGCAAAUUUAUCUGAAGAAUCCUCGAAGGCUUCAAAAGCGAACUAUAUGCUGAAUGGGAAAUCCAGGCACAGAAAACAAUGUGUAUGGUGGUUUCGUUCAUACAAGUUGAAGCUUAGAAACAUGCCACUGGCUGUAACAAAUGGAAAGAUUGUGUUUAGUUGUCUGUUUGUUCUCCUGUGUUACUUCAUUCAGAAGAACCGAGCUGUUUUGACAGGGGUUGUUAAGCGGCAGGCUAUAUGGGUCAAGAAGUCUCUGGUAGACUUGUGGCGGCUUGCAUUUUUGUACCAGGUUAAUCCCUUGGCUGCUGUUCAACCUCUCCCUGCAGCAACUCGGUCAGGACGGUGA